AUUUUUACAGUUCUAUUGCCACCUAUAAUCACAAUGGUUAUAAUAUAAUUCUUCUGGAUUAAAGUUUACAAACAAAAGGAUUCCGUUGUUAAGAAACCGGAGAUUAAAAGAGAAUGAAUUCAAUAUCUUCAGAUAGCGAGUGCUCCGACCACAAUGAAGAGCAGAGGGGCUCCAUUCGAGAGGACCUUCGCAAAAUGAGUUUCGAGGAAAUAAUGAAACUGAAAGAAGAGUUAGGUGCAAGGUUAUAUAAGGAGGCUGUAAUUGGGACCGAUAAAGAUACAACUAGGAAUUUAAAUGCUAAGAAGACUUCAUUUAAGCGCUUAAAUAAAAAUCGUCCACGUGAAUUUUCUGCUAAGAGACAAGUGCCUUUUAUAUCUGUCGAACAGAAAAAUAAACGCCAAGCUGAGGAAGAAGUGCGUGACCCACGAUUUGAUUCAAAUUGUGGAGAUUUCAAAGUUAAUCAUUUUAAAGAAAAUUAUAAAUUCCUUGUAAAAAUUAGACAAAAGGACAUAAUUCGGCUUCGCAAACAAUUACGCGAAACUGAAAACAGUGAAGAACGGGAGAGAUUGCAAAAAGAAAUUCAAAGGCUCGCCAACAAGAACCUUGAAGACAAAAAAUGGCACUUGAAGCAAGAGUCCUUGAAUCGAGAAAAGCUAGAAAUCAAACAGACGAUUCAGAAAGGCGGUCGUCCACAUUACAUCACAAAGAGGGAGCGACGUGCUAAGGAAUUAGUACAACAAUUUGAGCAACUGAAAGAAUCUGGGAAACUUAGCAAACAUUUAGAAAAACGACGCAAAAAGAAUGCGGCCAAAGAUCGUAGACAGCUCGGAUUUGCUUAGCUUUUUUACUAUUUUAAUUUAUUAAAUGCAAAUUUAUGCCUAAGGGGGGCAC